AUGGAUUUCCAUAAUGAGCGGGCUCAUUUCCAGGAGGAAACAAUUAAUCCCCGAAAGUACGCGUUUCACGAAAACGAAGGCAAAAAGGGCUUCUGGGAUGACGCCGGAAGCGGCUUCAAACUCACCCAAAUCAAACAGCCAAAACACAUCUACAUUUCUACUGGAGAAGUGCGCCGAUCUGUAAGAGCCGCUUUCCAGCAACAGACGAGCUACACUUCACCGAAAGAAUUCUUAGAAGCGCGGAAAGAGACUCUAAAGUCCAAGCACCUGAUGGAACUGCGCAAGUUAUCAGCGGUCGGCCUCUAUCGCGAGCACCAGAGAACGCUCAACGGAAAGAUUGUAUAUGAGCAGAUUUUGCCGGAGAACUCCCCCGACGAGCCCUAUUUGAUUCAGUGGCGGGGGUGGGACAAGUGGGACGGGGAGAGCAUCUGUCUUUCGAAUUACAUCUUCAAAGGGCGUCGACCCAACCGACCGCUCUACAUGACCACUGAAGAUCACCGCUGGCCGACGAAGAUUAGCGAGUUCAGAUGGAAGUUAUUCGACGAGACGAAGCGCGGUGGCUCAUUCGUAAAAGCUGCUUGGGAGACGACCGAGAAAGACAUCCAAGGAAACGUGAGUACUACUCGUGGCAACCCAAGAACGGAAAUCGCUCGAAUUGCUCCACAAUAG